UUUACCUUGUCGGUUAUUUGUUACUGGAUCCAGGGAAUGAUUUUUUUUUAUUUUUUUAAUAAAAUACUUACCAUAUGCUAUUUUCGGAGUAGAUCUAUUUAGAUUGCUGUUUCAUUUGAAUCUGAGCACUGGUUGGUGAAUUACUAUGCUAAUUGUGGCUGUGGGAGAGAAUUUUGCUAGGAAACAUAUUGCAAUUUUGUGCAUCGAGUAAAGACAUCGUAUAUUUAUUGGUGAUACAGAAUUAAAUUUAUUGUAAGUCUCGAAAUGCUAAUUUCAUCUUUUUCAUAGCAUAACAACAUUCAAGCAGUGGCUUUCUUGCUCCAGUAAUUUUUCAAAAAGUAUGCAAUUGAUCUCCACUUUGUCGCUCCUAAACUUAACGUUGGUUCAGGAAACCGAGCAAAAACCUAAGGAUCUACUAAGUUUAUCAUCUACAAAUGUGGGGAAAUUUAUAUUUCUUACUCUAAUAUGUAUGCUAUGAUAUUUUUUCAGAAAACUGAUAAUGACAUGUAAAUAAAAUACUUACUUUGUAGUUCUUAGAGAACAUUGUUGAUCUUUGUAACAAUCCUAUUAGCUUGUUGUUAUGUUUGAUUGUUACACGAAGUGAGAAAUUAACAUGACAUGGAAGAAAGACUGAUCCCCCAAAUAGGCAUGGGGAAACUAUGAUCAUAAUUACUUUCAAAUCCAAUGGAAUCCUAUUUUCUUUGUUAAGCUUCACUUGGGUCCGGUUCAUACAGUUUGUUUUAGUUAGAUGGCAGGAGGAAGAAUCUAUGUUGAAAACAUACCAAGACGACAAGGUUCACUAUAUUUGUAACUAUUUUUAUAACAGCUUUGCUCCAAACUCUUUUGGGCAUAGAGAUGGCAAGGACCAAGUUUUUGGUAAUUUUUAGAGGAAUCCAGUAAUAUUUAGACCGAAACAGUUGAAACAUAUAAACUUUGUGCUUAAAAUGGUCUGAUUAUCGCAUAAGCAGUUUCAUAUUUAAGUAUUGUAGUUUUGCUUCUAUUUUCAAGAUGUAGAGUAAAUGAAGAUGUUUUGGUUGAAACAUUGUCACAUUAUGCUUGCAUUAGAUCUAGUCAACACUCUUCUUAUUCCCGUAGGUGUUUGGUCGAUGAAUUUAGGGUUUACAGAAGCAGAUUCAUAAGGAUAUUAACUUCAGUAUUAUCAAACACAAUUACCUUUUAAGUUUGUUUUCUGCAGAACCUGUUGUGAUGCUAGGUUCCACAAUUUGAGGUAUCUCUGGAGUUGCCAUGGUAUAGCCAUUAUGAAAGAACAAUUACAUGUCUAAACUAUGCCACACAGUUUGAGAUAUCUAUGGAGUUGUCAUUGGUAAGAAGCUGAUUAUUGAUCAUAGAAGCAUUAGACAGGAUCUGGUUGUGGGAUACGUGUGAAGGGUGUAACAACUGGUUUGCUGUGUCAGGGCUCAUCAUUGUGUUACCAUGAAAACUGCUGAUAAACAAUGUAGAAAAACUAUAGGUGCAUGUAAAAAGAGCGGACUUGACUGCACUAAAUCUGGAACGAAGAAAACUGCCAAGAAGAGGCAGAAAGCUACAGCGAAAAACGGUAUGGAAACUACAGGACAACUUUUGCCUUCUCGAAAUCAACCAUCCCCUCUGCAGACGCUGGUUAUGCAAACUAGUGGUCAGACAAAAUUACCAGGAAAUUCCAUGUCUGUGUCUAAACCAUAUCCACAAUGUUCUGGAAAGCUUAAGCUCCAGCUGUUUCCAAUAGAUGAAGUUACUCAAAAAGGGUUGGAGCAGGAUAAACAUAACCCGUACCUGGAACUUAUUUUGCCAACUCGAAAAAAAAUCUCAUCGGUAGUGAAACACCUCGAUGUCAAGUGGGGCAGCUCAGAAUUUGCAUCAGGAGAGCUCAUGAUCUUUCCCUACAAUGCUUGUCUGGACAAUCUAGUCAGUUACAGAAGAUGGACGAUAAAAGAUUCUUAUACUAGUGCUGCUGAUGUGUAUGCUGCUGUUGGUAGCCCUGCCAUAUUCCGUUUAAGAUAUGGCUGGUUCUCCAAUCUUGAGCCAACAAGCUGUGAGAGACCUCUGACAUCUCUCCAUUCUGAAGGCAAUUUACAAACUAAGGAAACUCAAAUUAUCAAUACAACUGAUGAGAAAAUUCCUCAAUGUCCUGCAUCAAGCACAGAAAAUGGUUCGGCGUGUUCUCAUAAUUCAUUAAACCAAGGCAUUGGUUCACCCCCUUCGUUGGACAAAUCAUUUCAAGCAGUGGAUAAAAGUGCCUUCCUCUCAUGGGCUGAUUGUCUAUCUAACGUAAGCAUCGGAACCCUACUAUCUGAAGCAUUGCCUGCACAGAAUUCAAGUCUUCUGCAGAUCCCAAUUACCAAUGAUUCAUUCGAUGCUGCUGUUGCUUCUCUUAUUGCCUGCCACCAAACCAAAAAUCAGUCAGCACAAGCCCUCCAUUCAUCCAUCUGGGAUGCUGAAGAAACAUGUCAUGCUUUUGCAUUCCAAAAGACCACUUCUCCAAACAACAAUAAUCCAGCUUCAUCCAGAGAUGCUCCUAUUGCUGCAUGUACUCACAAUAUCACUUCAAAUUCAGAUAGACCCCAUGAUAUGCUAGUCACUCAGCUGGCGCAUGCACUGCCAGAUGGUAUCCAUCAAGAACCUGCAGCUAAUCUUCAGCUUCACAUAAAGAAUGAUGCAAUUCCAGAAUCCACUCCAGAAGCCACAGCAGGUUUGCUGCCUCAUACCCAGGAUGAUGCUUGUAAAGAACUGAAAACAAGUGCAGAACCCCAAAUAGAAGCUUUAUGCGAUAAGGACUUUGGAAGAGUGGAUAUCUACUGGUCUGAGUCCUCGGGUCCCUCAGGAUGCAUCACCUCUUCCUCUAGACAGAUUGGUGGUGACCGUAUCAAUCUUGGUACAUUGUUCGAGACAAGUCUGGAUGCAUUUCAGAACUUCUCUAUUUUUUGAUACAGAGAAGGUGCUCGCUAUUUGAAGCUGCUUCAGAUGUUUGUGCCCCUUGGCGCGGAAAUUUCAACUAGCUGAGGCCGCGUACCUACUUUGGUUGGUUCACAUGGUUCAGCCUUGUAAAGAACUUCAACCGCAAGUUGUAUGAAGGCCCUUAAACAGAAGGACUUGCUAACGUUUUCUUUUGGUAAUUAAUGCAACCCAAGAACAGCAACAUUUUAGGUUUUGAAAUGACUUUUGGUGAUUGCAGGAGGCCCAUCAUAGAUGCAACAGAUUUGGAGUAUUUAGACCAAUUAACCUCAACCGUUUCUUUCCUGCUGUUUUAGGGUGUGGUGAACAUGCUCCAAGAGUCGUCUGAGCUUUCCUAGUUUUAGGCUGGAAACAGCCGGAAUGGGCUGGGCCUAGGCCAGAAAAUAUUUAGAAAACUUUGGCCUGGCCUGAACCCAAUUGAAUUAUCUCUUUAGGCAGAAAACUGUACUGGCCUGUACCAGCCCAAACCUCCCAAGAAAUUUUAUGAAUGAUAUUCAAAAUAAAUUAGUUAUAAUUCAAUAUUCAGCUGUCAAAUUAAAGUUUAAAUAUAUAAAAAAAAGGAAAACAUCCAUCCAAUUAAACAUGCUAUAAAGUCUAUUGGAGAUUUGAAGUAUUGAACAAGCCUAAAUGAUUGAACCGGGCUAGGUUUGGGCUUAAACUUGGGUCCGGUUCUUCUCUAGUUCCAAGAUUGACCGGAGAAGGCUUGCCCCUCAAUCAAGGCCAUCUCUAGUUCCGAGAUCGGCCGGAGAAAGCUUGCCCCUCAAUCAAGGCCAUCCAUGAUUGGUACAACUGUGAUUAGAUAGGAUCCAUUAUAGAAUAAGGGGCACGCAGAGGGCGGGCCUCAUCCAAUCACAGCCAUCGCACCAAUCACAAACGGCCACUGGUGGGCUUGAAGGUGAUUUUAGCAUGAUUAGUGAUUGGAUACGUGGGAAGGAGUCCUGCACAUUGGCCGGCGAGCAGAGAUUAUAAUUACGACAUCCAUACUGGUUAGCUCUACUAUGACAAAGUUAGCUCCACUAUGACAAUUUGAUUGCAUGUCGUUUCCUUACAUACAAUAAUAAUAAAAAAAAACAAAGAAAGAGCUUGCAUCUUUCAUGACAUGGAAAGGCACUUAAUUCUUCCGUGCAUUGAGUUUACUGGUGAUUCUAAUUAUCAAACCAGUACAGGCGGAUACAGCAAGCUUCUUGCCAGAAACCGGCACUCCAAGAUGUUCCCAGACACCCAUAUGAUUUUUUGUUCCGAGGGAAUUUAUUCCGAGGGCUCAAGCAAGAAUUUUUGACAUACUGCGAUCCAAAUCGGUGAGACUAAAAUAGCUGAUCUUAGACAACUUGGCCAGUCAUUGAAAAAUUCUAUCAAACAACUCUUAAGCAUUCUGGUAGACUUGCUUUAUCAACUAAACGGACACCACAGAUUAGAUUAUCAAAUAUUAUGCACCAAACCAAUGCCUCACAAAACAUAUCUCCACUAAUGGAUUUUUGUUCUUGCACCAAACAAAAGCUUAACAAAACUUAUCACCACUAAUGGAUUUUUGUUCCUGUCAUUGAAACUAUAAAAACAUGAGCACAAAUAUAGAAAUCAGCAUUUCAUAUAACAAAAUAGCUGUAUAAAUAAUAGCUCAAGAUCAUACAUUUGCCAGGACUUGAACCUAGAUCUGUUGCUUAUAAAGCAGCUGUCUUACCAUUAGACCACAAAUGUUCAAUGAAAAAAAUAAAAAA